GUGGCUGCGGCAGCAGCGUCGGGGAGCGCCGCCUCUUACUUUUCCUCCUCGCUCGAGUCUCGGCGCUGAGAGGCGGCGGCCGGCGGGAUGGAGAAAAGUAGGAUGAACCUGCCCAAGGGGCCGGACACACUCUGCUUCGACAAGGACGAGUUCAUGAAGGAAGAUUUCGAUGUCGAUCAUUUUGUGUCUGACUGUAGGAAGCGUGUCCAGCUGGAGGAACUGAGAGGAGAUCUGGAACUCUACUAUAAACUUCUUAAAACAGCCAUGGUCGAGCUCAUCAACAAGGAUUAUGCAGAUUUUGUCAACCUUUCCACAAACUUGGUCGGCAUGGACAAAGCCCUCAAUCAGCUUUCUGUGCCUUUGGGACAGUUACGGGAAGAAGUUCUGAGUCUCAGGUCAUCUGUCAGUGAAGGAAUUCGGGCAGUAGAUGAACGAAUGUGUAAACAAGAGGACAUAAGGAAGAAAAAGAUGUGUGUGUUGAGGCUUAUACAAGUUAUUCGAUCAGUUGAAAAAAUUGAAAAAAUCUUAAAUUCUCAAAGUUCUAAAGAAACCUCUGCACUAGAAGCAAGCAGCCCACUUUGGACUGGACAGAUUUUGGAGAGAAUUGCCACAGAAUUUAACCAGCUACAGUUUCAUGCUGUUCAGAGCAAAGGCAUGCCUCUUCUGGACAAAGUAAGACCGCGUAUAGCUGGCAUUACGGCCAUGUUACAGCAGAGCCUGGAAGGCCUGCUGUUAGAAGGUCUUCAGACUUCGAAUGUUGAUAUAAUACGGCACUGCUUACGGACCUAUGCCACGAUUGACAAGACGCGGGACGCAGAGGCAUUAGUUGGUCAAGUACUGGUGAAACCAUACAUGGAUGAGGUGAUCGUAGAGCAGAUUGUCGAGUCUCAUCCGAACGGCCUUCAGAUCAUGUAUGAUAAGCUCCUGGGGUUUGUUCCUCACCACUGCCGCCUUCUUCGAGAAGUCACAGGAGGAACCAUCUCAAGUGAAAAAGGCAAUACUGUUCCUGGAUAUGAUUUUUUGGUGAACUCUGUCUGGCCAGAGAUAGUACGAGGAUUAGAAGAAAAGUUGCCUUCUCUUUUUAAUCCUGGGAAUCCUGAUGCAUUUCACGAGAAAUACACCAUAAGUAUGGAUUUUGUGAGAGCAUUUGAACAGCAAUGUGGAUCACAGGCCAGUGUGAGAAGAUUAAGAGCACAUCCUGCCUAUCACAGCUUCAAUAAUAAGUGGAAUUUACCUGUUUAUUUUCAAAUAAGAUUCAGAGAAAUCGCAGGAUCCUUAGAAGCAGCACUUACAGAUGUACUGGAGGACGCUCCAGCUGGCAGUUCGUUUUGCCUCUUGGCUUCGCACAGGACGUGGGGCAGCCUGCAGAGGUGCUGGUCAGACGAGAUGUUCUUGCCGGUUCUGGUGCCUCGUCUGUGGAGGCUCACGCUGCAGGUCCUGGCUCGAUACUCCGUGUUCGUCAGUGAGCUUUUACUCAGGCCCAUCUCUAAUGAAAGUGCCAAGGAUAUUAAAAAGCCUUUGGUAACUGGUAGCAAAGACCCUUCAGUUACCCAAGGAAAUGGUGAAGACCAAGGAAGUGCCCCUUCGGAAACAAAGCCCGUGGUCUCCAUUUCCAGUACGCAACUUGUAUAUGUGGUCGCAGACCUGGACAAGCUUCAGGAGCAGCUUCCAGAACUCUUGGAAACAAUCAAGCCAAAACUUGAAAUGAUUGGCUUUAAGAAUUUUUCUUCUAUCUCAGCAGCCCUGGAGGACUCCCAGACGUCUCUGGCAGCCUGUGUUCCUGCUUUGAGUAACAGGAUCAUCCAAGACUUAAGUGAGUCUUGCUUCAGUUACCUGAAAAGUGCCCUGGAGGUCCCUAGGCUUUACCGAAGAACCAAUAAGGAGGUCCCAACAACAGCCUCCUCUUAUGUGGACAGUGCUCUGAAGCCAUUUGACCAGCUUCAGAGGGGGCACAAGGAUAAGCUCAAACGGGCAAUAAUUCAGCAGUGGCUAGAAGGCGCACUUUCUGAGAGCACUCAUAAGUAUUACGAAACCGUGUCAGACGUUCUGAGCUCGGUGAGGAAAAUGGAGGAGAGCCUGAAAAGGCUGAAGCAAGCCAGGAAAAGCAGUCCCGCCAACCCCAUCGGUCCCAGUGGCGGCGGCAUGAGCGAUGAUGACAAAAUCAGGCUGCAGUUGGCCUUGGAUGUGGAGUACUUGGGAGAGCAGAUACAAAAGAUGGGCCUGGCAACAAAGGACAUAAAGAGCUUCCCCGCCCUUGCAGAGCUGGUUGCCGCCGCCAAGGACCAGGCAACGGCAGAACAGCCCUGAGCAUCUUGGAAGAGCCCGUGGGAAGAGGAGAGUUGGACGUCGAGCCUGAGGGGAAGAAAGUGGCUCUGUCCUCCUUCCAAGUCUCCGUGUUCCAGAAGUGCUUCUGCCGUGUCUCCAGCAACACGCCAAUGCAGCUUCUCUCCGCCCACUUGGGUCCCCUGUCACCCAGAACAGAACACAGAAGCCUUUUUCCGUUGUACGGAAGAUUGUUUUUAAGACACUUCAAACUUUCUACUAUAGUUUACAGAGCAAAUUAUUUUAUUUUUAUUGUAAAUCUUAGCGUGGAAGAGCCGAUUUCUACAAUAUGAUUAGAGUAAAUAGAGAUGUGUGGCUACGGAAAGUAGGCCCCCUGGCCCUUCAGUGGGAGGUGCGCACCUGCAGGGGUGAUCACGCUGGAGGGCUCGCCCUCCCCUACCGGGGCCGUGACCGUGCGCAGGGGAUGCUCUGAGAGAGGCGGGGCGGGGGGGGUGCUCCUCUGU